UGUUGUACCAACCUCACUUCUUCGACGGACUUCCCAACGCCCCUUCCCACUCUCUCUCUCUAAAAAAGCGUAUCUCUACUACUUGAUCUUCUCUGAAAAGAGACUUUCUCUUCAGAUCUCGGAAAAUGCAGAGCGCAGCGUUUGGUCUCUCUCCGACGCUCCCGUCUCUGAAGCCUCGGUGCCUGUUAACGAGCCCUAGAUGUUCUCCGAUACGUGUUUCUUGUUCUUCCUCGCCGAAACUUCGCGAUCUUUGUGCGUCUAACAAUGCAGUCUCGGCGGAUUUUACUAGGAGGUCGUGGAACUUGAGUUCGUCGCCUUUGGGGCUCAGGCCAUGGGCCUCCGUGCCUAUUUCGGCCAGAGAUGAGCAUUUCGAGACCAAAGCCACUGCUGUGCCCGAGAGCGCUGGCGAGGGCGAGAAGUCUGGUAGUUUGGGGAAGACACUCCAGCUUGGAUUGCUGUUCGGUCUAUGGUAUCUUUUCAAUAUCUACUUCAACAUCUAUAAUAAGCAGGUUUUGAAGGUCUACCCAUUUCCAAUUACUGUCACCAUGAUUCAAUUUGCCGUUGGGACUGUACUUGUUACUUUUAUGUGGACUCUCAACCUCUAUAAGAGGCCAAAAGUCAGUGGCACACAGCUCGCUGCAAUUCUACCACUUGCUUUGGUGCACACUUUAGGAAAUCUGUUUACAAAUAUGAGUCUUGGGAAAGUGGCUGUUUCUUUCACUCACACAAUCAAAGCUACGGAACCUUUCUUUUCUGUUCUCCUCUCCUCCAUGUUUCUUGGAGAGUUUCCUACUCCCUGGGUGGUUGCUUCCCUUCUACCAAUUGUUGGUGGAGUGGCACUUGCAUCCGCGACCGAGGCCUCUUUCAAUUGGGCUGGAUUUUUUAGCGCAAUGGCUUCCAAUUUGAUGAAUCAAUCCCGUAAUGUCCUCAGCAAAAAGUUCAUGAUCAAGAAGGAGGAAUCUCUGGACAACAUUACUCUUUUUUCAAUAAUUACAAUUAUGUCUUUGAUCUUGAUAGUCCCAGUGGCUAUCUUUAUGGAAGGCGUCAAGUUUACCCCUGCAUAUCUGCAAUCUGCUGCUGGAUUGAAUGUCAAACAAGUAUGCACUAGGGCUCUUCUGGCCGCACUCUGCUUUCACGCUUAUCAGCAGGUUUCUUACAUGAUAUUGCAAAGGGUGUCCCCUGUUACGCACUCUGUGGGCAAUUGUGUGAAGCGGGUUGUUGUCAUUGUCAGUUCCGUUAUCUUCUUUAGUUCGCCUGUCUCACCCAUUAAUUCUCUAGGUACUGGUAUGGCUCUUGCCGGAGUAUUUCUGUAUUCGAGGGUGAAGGGUAUUAAGUCAAAGCCUAAGACUGCUUGAAGUUCUAUGGAAAGAAAUUUUGUUUUUAGAUUGCUGUAGGUCAGGCUGGGAACUUAAAUUAGUUUUUUUUCCCCCCACCUUGUCAGAGUUUGUUGUGCCUGUAUUUUUGUUGUUUGGUAUAUUUUUGCUUCUUUGGGACUACCCCAUAGUUUUACAGUGAAGACAUAUCACUCUCCUGCAACUGCAAAUAGUUGCUGCUUGAACUUCAUCCCCACAAAAUUUUACUCUCAGCGACUGUAUGGGAAUAAAUUUGAGUAGGUUUUAUGGAUAUUGGGGCUCUGUAAUUUGUUUAAAAUUGUAGUGUCUUUCAUUUUGAUA